CAAUCCCAAUUAGAAGGCCGACAAACUAUGUGUACACGAGACAUUUUUCUUUCAUGUUUGACACUCUACUGCCUUAUCGUAACUUUAGCCAGUCGGUUAAUAAACCACAAGUUAAAACCAACUCCUUAAACCGAUAUGCCCGUCACAUAAAUCCCUCACGGCCCAACAAAAACAAAUUCUCAGUCCUGCAAAGAUACAAAAUCUAGUGUCCUUAUCCAAUUUACACGCGUACGAUUAUCGUACCACCUUCUCCCUUAACCAGGGUUUAAAUUCACCUAACAAUGGUUAAAUCUCAUUAGUCCAGCAGUAUAUAUGCAACCUGAACCAGUUCGGCAUCACCACCAAACUAUGAUGAUCGGAGAAAGAAACCAAGAUGGGCUGACUGUGCAUGUACCUCCAAUUCCAUGGUCCUUCACCACGGAUGAUCCGGCCUCUUACAAUCUUAGCCCUAAUAUGAACAUUAACGGCGGCAGCGCCACCGAUGACUGCUCUAUUUUCACGGCGUUGCAACGCUAUUUGCCAUCGAACUCGAUCAGGGAAGGAGAUUUGACGGUGGACGCGUACACAUGUGAUCAUUUCAGGAUGUUUGAAUUUAAGGUAAGGAAAUGCUCACUUGGGAAGUCACAUGACUGGACGGAGUGCCCGUACGCUCACCCUGGCGAGAAAGCUCGCCGGAGGGACCCCCGGAAAUUUCAUUAUUCCGGAAGUGCGUGCCCGGAGUUUCGUAAAGGGAAUUGUAGAAAGGGUGACGCGUGUGAAUACGCGCAUGGUGUGUUUGAGUGCUGGCUUCACCCUGCGCGCUAUCGUACGCAGCCAUGCAAAGAUGGGCUUAACUGUAAGAGAAGGGUUUGUUUCUUUGCUCACUCGACUGAUCAGCUUCGGGUUCUGAGUCCACGAGCCGAGUCGUACGACGGCUCGCCACACCGACUCGCUUUUAUGUCAUCGUCUGAUUCGGGUUCUCCACCGACUGAGUCGCCGCCAAUGUCUCCGAUGACCUCUGCCACCGCCACCUCUAUCAGUUCCCUCAGCCGGUCGCUGGGCUCCAAUUCAAUCAACGAAAUGAUCGCUUCUUUGCGUCAGCUGCAGUUGAAUAAAGUGAAGUCUAUACCACCUUCUAGGAAUCUGCAAGUAGGGUGUUCUUCCUCUGGGCUAGGUUCGCCCCGGUUUCCAAUAACCCGACCCGGAUGCUUCAGUCUGCCAACGACUCCUACCAAGUCUCUGACACGGGCUAGUUUAGGAUACGCAGAUCCCUGGGAAAAGGAUGUUGGGUACGAGGAGGAGCCAGCUAUGGAGCGGAUUGAGUCAGGGAGGGAUUUAAGGGACCAGAUGUUCGAGAAAUUGAGCAAGGAGAAUCCAUUGGGCAACUGGCCGAGUCUGAACGCAAACCAGGCUCAGGUCCCGAACCAUGACGUCGACUGGGUUUCCGAUAUGUUAAACUAAAUGGUUCCUACCUUUGGGCCUCACUAAUGAAUCGGUCCUCAACUUUUCGCUUUAUUUUUCUCUUUAACUACUUAAUCAGUCUUAAGACAAUGGAUGUCGUUUGAUCAUAACAUAAUCGACUUUAUAAGGCUAGUGUCUGUUCUGAAUCUGGACUAAUGUUCUAGAAAUCUGGAUUUCGACUAUGUUUAUAGUUGUUUCAUGGCAUACAAUUGCCUUAGUUUGUAAAUAUUAUUUUCAGUAACUUCUGAUAAGUUGUAAGAGUAUUUUUAUUUGUUGAAGUUUGAUGAGAUAUUUCGCCUUUUAA